AUGAAGUGUAUCGCAUUACUCGCUGUUUUCUGUUGCAUUGGUGCAUGUGCUGGACAAGGAUCACUUUCAUUGGAUUUCCUUAGUGACAACAUUCUUAAUCCUUUACUUGACUCAAUUCAAACCAAUGCACUCUCCAUGCUUCAAUCCCAAUUAUCUUCACUCAUCUCAAGUCUUUUCUCCGGUAUUGGCAAACGUGGAAUCGCUGAUGCUUUGAAUAUCAACCUUCCCCAACUUUUGGCUCCAUUUAUUGCCAAAAUUAAAGGACUCUACCAACAAGUCUUCACAGUCUUUCUUAGCAUUGUCCAAAACCCAACUGAAUGGAUCAUGAAACCCGAUUGGGCCCGUAUUGAAUUUGUUCGCAUUGCUUCUGAAGUUGAAGUUAUUGUUUCAAAACUCAGUCUUGGAUCUGACUUUUUACAACCACUUGUUGCUCUUGUUCAAAAACACUUAGGUACCCUCAUUGACCAAUUCCAAGGUAUCAUCUUCCAAGUCUUACAAUCUGCUCAAGCAAUUAAACCACUCAUUGGUAACCUCAUCCAAGGAUAA